AUGACUGAAGACGCAGACGCCAACACCACAGCACUCCCGCGCACAAUCAGCGGGAGUUUAGUCGACCACGUGAUGGAUCGACACCUGAUCCCUUGGGCGCUGUGUGACUUGUCCGGAGCUCGAGCUCCGGACUCUCUCGAAACGAUGCAGGACUACUUCCGGCGUUUCCGUGGGUUGCGUGGAAAGAGUCUUGAUGGCAUCUCGUACGAGUCGCUCCAGCGGUCAUGGUGUGCGUUCAUCCGGCGGUGGAAUUGGAUGCUUGAAGACGGAAGAAACUUUCAGCAGUGGCUGGCCAAUCGUGAAGAUAUCCACGCCGAUCAUUCCAUCGGUGUACUGCGCGAGAAAAUCUGUGAAAACGCAUGGAACAUAGAUCGACUCUGCUACGUUCACGUGCACGAAUCUUGUUAUUCCUGUGACUCGAUGCCUCGUCCAACUCGCGAAGCUUGGCAACGACACGUCGCUGAGCAUCCACUCAGCGAGUAUGAACAGCUCUGGAUCGGACAAUACAAGCGCAGCUUGAUGGAGCACAAGACUGCGGUUAAUCGUGGCACGUCACGCUGGCGACACCACUCGAGUUCUCGAGGUCGUGGCGCCAUGCACUCGCCACGACGUUCUCGUUCGCGUGAUCGUCGCGAUACACGAUUGUCGCGACGUUCUCGUCGUCGCUCUUCAUCUCAUCGUCGUGGUGAAACGUCACCACGACGUUCUCGCAAUCGCUCUCGGUCUCGAAGUCGUGGUGACACUUCACCACGACACCGUCGUCGUGCAUCUCGUUCUCGCUCACCGCGAGAACACACAGGUCGUCGACCAAGUCUGCACCAAGCGUGUGCAGGGACUCGUAAGCCCGAACGACGUCCGGAACGUCUCGAAGAAGCGAAGAGCGCGGUUCCCACGUAUCCUGAUCGGGUGGAAACCCGAGCCAACAUACACGAUACUUGCGCGCGGUUGGAACCGCGCGCUCAUGGUGUCGCGACGAUGUCGUUUCGCGACGAGGGUCCUCGUGACCCAGUAAACGCUCCACAAUCCAGCGCUUCUGGCCUUUCGCGUCCACAAGCGGUGGUGGACCCUCACGAUGGUACUGCUGGCGUCCUGGUUGCCCAGGACGAUGUAGAUGCGGCUAUGAACAAGGCUGUUGAUGCCCAGCUGGAGGCUGAAGCUGCCCUUGACCGAGCUGCGCGGGCUGAGAGAACAGCGAACGAGAUUCGACAGUCGAACCGCGAGCUGCUUGAACGGAUGCGGAACCUGGAACGCCAGGUUCUUGGGCACGCGCAGACUGGGACGCAGCCGCGUCCGAUGUCGCUGGCGCGUCGAGCAAGGCGAGAGGAAAGGUCGACCUAUGAGCCUUUGACUCCGAGGACGGAGCCAACCCGUGAAGAGUAG